AUGAAUCAUAACAGUUCCAGAUCUCAUGCCAUAUUUCGAUUGUAUGUACAAUCAAUCACCAAUAAUUUUAUUCGACAAUAUAGACGGGAACAAUCCCAACAUAAAUUCCCUACUCUAGAAUAAUUAGAAUCAGAAAACAAUCAACUCAAAGGAGCUAUGGUAACUGAAAGUGUUCUCAACUUUGUUGAUUUGGCUGGGUCUGAAAAAGUGUCCAAUCACUUCGAGGAUGCUGAAAUCUAGGAUACUAAUCGCAGAGUGAAAGAAGGUCAAUAUAUUAAUAAGAGUUUAUUCUUUCUUACUUAAGUCAUCUAUUUAAAGGCUGAAGAUAAAGGCCAUGUACCAUUUAGAAACUCAUCUUUAACAAAGAUACUUAAAUCUAGUUUAGAUGGAUCAUCCAGAACAUUAAUUAUUUUAUGUAUCAAUGCUGCAGCUCUUCAUUUUGAUUAUUCCAUUUCCACUUUGAGAUUUGGGAUGAAUGCCAAAAAAAUUGAAACCAAGGUUUUAGCCAAUAUUAAUUAUUAAAAUGACGACGAAGCUUUAAAAAUCGUACUCUCUGAUUAUGAAAAGAAAUUGCAUGACUACGAAAAAAUCAGAGCCGAAGAAAAAGAAGGAUUUGAAUAAUAACUAAAUCAAUUAUAAAAUGAGAAUUAGCAAUUACAAAAUAGAUUAACUACAUAGAAUGCUCAAAAUUUCAAAUGCAUUCCAAAACUAUAUAAGGAUAUUACUUGGGCAGAUCGAUUCAAGUAUGAUUUCCAUUGUGCUGGUGCAGGAGACAUUCUAGUCACUAAUUAAAAAGUUAAGAAACCCCCUCAACAUGAUUGUUAAGGUAAAUUGGUUUUAAGUGCCUUAAAAGUUAGCGAAUAAAACAGAAAGACACUUAUUUCUAAUUAUGAAUUAGUUAAAAAUUAAUAUCUCUAAUUAAACGAGUUCUAUAAUUAAAGUAAACUUAGGAUUUAAUAAUAAUAUGAUCAAAUUCAGUCUCUUAAUUCCUAAUACAAUAGAUUAUAUAGUUAUGCAUCUGAAAUGAAAUAGUAGUUAGAUUUUGAUGUAAAAUAGCUAGAAAAUUAAGAAUUACAUUAAAUGAUUUAGUUUUAUUAAAAUUAGUUAUUAAAAUUGUAAAUUGAAUGGAAGGAAAGAGAAUAGACAAGCAAUUUGGAUUAACAAUAAGUGUAUAACAUUGAACAAUUUAAAUUGAUUGAGUAGAGUUCUUAAAAUGAAAUUGAUGUCCAAAAUUAUUAACAAAUAAAUUUGGAUGAAAUUAUGUAUACGAAUAUAGUGGAAGUAGAGAUGGAAAAUCAAUAGGAAAAAGAAAAAGACUAAAGCAUUGAAUCUGAAGAAUUCUUCAAAGUAGAGUUUCCUACUUACUUAAGGCAUUCAAAUAAUAUUACUAAACCAUCUAUGAAUGAAACGGCUUCUUAGUAGACUGUUUAGGAUUUAAGUGAAAUUAACUUUAAAACAGUAUUGUAAAGCUUUAUCAGCGAGAUGGAUGUUCUACAAACUUCAACUCAUCAUAAAAAUAAUAGUACUUCUUGUAAUAAGAAACAAACAGGCAAGUACAAGACACCUGAUAAAUUGAAAAAGUAGAGUACCAGCCAAACUACUAUUAGGGGUAAAUAGAAUAUUGAACCUACUCGUUAAAGUUGUAACAAUAUUCCAAAACCAAAGAUAAGGCCUAGGCCAAGUGGAAAUGGAAAUGAGGAGUUGUCUAUGCUGUUGAACAACGCUGAAAUGAGUAAAUAUUGA